AUGACGAAUAACGAUCAGCCCUUUUCUGACUGGCUGGCAGGGUACACGCAAGACGUGCGCAGCUUCACAGGAUCAGUAUUCGACGCAACAGAUGCACAUUUCGCCUCAGUCGCCGGCUAUGUAAAAAGACACCUACCCGAGAGUUGGAUCCCUCAGCAAUCACGACCACCGCCUCCACCACCGCCACCACAUGCCUUGUCAAACGCAUAUAUACAGCGCCUUCAAGACUGGGUUUCGCAGCAUCGUGCGCUUACUGCGGCCGUUGUUGCUUUCGUAGGAACAGGAGGGCUCUUGCUAUGGCGAGAAAAGAAGAUAUAUAACAGGAAGCGAAGAGCGCGGAGAGCCACGAAUGGGGCCAGGAAAGAGGUGGUCGUUAUUGCUGGUCCGCCGAACUCCCCCAUCGUGCGCUCACUAUCGCUUGAUCUAGAGCGUCGAGGUUUCAUCGUAUACAUCGUCUGCUCGAACAUGGACGAGGAGCAGCAAGUGUUGAGCGAGUCAAGGGCCGACGUGAGGCCACUGCAUUUGGACAUUGUAGACACCAUGGGCACACAGGAAGCUGUUGAUCGGUUUAGCAACAUGCUCACGCGGCCGCACGUCGCCUUCGCCGGCGCCAGUCCUCACACACUCAACCUGAGUGGAGUCGUACUCGUCCCCGACCUGAUCUAUCCCACUGGACCCGUCGAGACCAUCUCGCCCGAGUUUUGGUCGGAUGCGCUCAACGCCAAAGUGCUGAACACUAUAGCGGUCACACAAGCAUUGCUGCCAACCGUAUGCUUGUUCAAAUCACGUCUGAUGAUGCUAACGCCAAGCAUCAUCGCAUCACUGAGACCACCAUUCCAUGGUGUAGAGACGACAGUUAUUGGUGCGCUCGAAGGGUUCAUCGCUUCGCUGCGAGCGGAGCUGGGAACCCUAGGCAUCGACGUGAUCCAGUUUCAUCUUGGAACCUUUGACUUGUCCAAUGUGGGUCCCAAGCAUCACCUGCAGACGCGGACGUCGGGAAGCCCCCAUGCUUGGCCAGCGACGACGAGAGCCAUGUACGGCAAUAACUUUGUAAAUCAAACCAGAGCCGCACAGAAUCGAGGCCUUCUCAAUCACAAUGGCAGUCCGCUGCGGGAACUGCACAAUGCGGUGUUUGAUGCACUCACGCACAGACGGCCACGCAAGGUAUGGCGGGUAGGUCGCGGUAGUGUCGCAUACGACCUCGUGGGCAAUUGGCUACCCUCGGGUCUGGUGGGAUGGAUGAUGGGCUUGAAACGCGUCUCCCUGGACAUGACUUCUGCGCCGAAGCUGGAAGACAGCGUGCAAUCCUGGGAGAAGAUUGAAGCAGUCGCUUGA